GCGGUGGGAGACGCGCAGGCGGUCUGCUGUGUGUGUUUGGGAGGCGAGCGCGAGCGCCACCGGCGAGGGGAUGGCGGUGACCCGGACCGCGGCCACUGCGGCCAUGGGCAGGCUCCUGGUCCUGCUGCUGCUCGGGCUUACGGCGCCCGCCGUGGCGCUAGCCGGCUACAUCGAGGCUCUUGCAGCCAAUGCUGGAACAGGGUUUGCUGUUGCUGAGCCUCAGAUUGCCGUGUUCUGUGGGAAGUUAAACAUGCACGUCAACAUUCAGACUGGGAAGUGGGAACCUGACCCAGUGGGCUCAGAGAGCUGCUUUGAGACAAAAGAAGAAGUUCUUCAGUACUGUCAGGAGAUGUAUCCAGAGCUACAGAUCACAAAUGUUAUGGAAGCAAACCAGCCAGUCAGUAUUGAAAAUUGGUGCCGGAGGGACAAAAAGCAGUGCAGGAGCCACAUUGUUACACCUUUCAAGUGUCUGGUGGGUGAAUUUGUGAGUGAUGUUCUUCUAGUUCCGGAAAAGUGCCAGUUUUUCCACAAGGAGUGGAUGGAGGCGUGUGAGAACCACCAGCACUGGCACACUGUCGUCAGGGAGGCAUGUCUGACGCAGGGAAUGACCUUGUACAGCUACGGCAUGCUAUUACCCUGUGGGGUAGACCAGUUCCAUGGCACCGAAUAUGUGUGCUGCCCCCAGCCGAAGAGUACUGAGUCCACUGUGUCAAAAGAAGAGGAGGAAGAAGAGGAAGACGAUGAAGAAGAUGACUAUGAUAUUUAUAAAAGUGAAUUUCCUACCGAAGCAGAUUUGGAAGACUUCACAGAAGCAGCUGUAGAUGAGGAUGACGAUGAGGAAGAAGGGGAGGAAGUGACGGAAGACCGUGAUUACUACUACGACACCUUUAAAGGAGACGACUACAAUGAGGAGAACCCCACUGAGCCCAGCAAUGAUGGGAUUAUUUCAGAGAAGGAAAUUGCCAACGAUGUUAAAGCUGUCUGCUCCCAGGAGGCGAUGACGGGGCCCUGCCGGGCCGUGAUGCCUCGUUGGUACUUCGACCUCUCCAAGGGAAAGUGCGUGCGCUUUAUAUAUGGCGGCUGCGGAGGCAACAGGAACAAUUUUGAGUCUGAGGAUUAUUGUAUGGCUGUGUGUAAAACGAUGAUUCCCCCAACUCCUCUGCCAACCAAUGAUGUCGAUGUGUAUUUCGAGACCUCUGCUGACGACAAUGAACAUGCCCGCUUCCAGAAGGCCAAGGAGCAGCUAGAAAUCCGGCACCGCAACCGAAUGGACAGGGUAAAGAAGGAAUGGGAAGAGGCAGAGCUUCAAGCUAAGAACCUCCCCAAAGCAGAGAGACAGACCCUCAUUCAGCACUUCCAAGCUAUGGUUAAAGCUUUAGAGAAGGAAGCAGCUAGUGAGAAGCAGCAGCUGGUGGAAACUCACCUGGCUCGAGUAGAAGCCAUGCUGAACGACCGCCGGCGCAUGGCCCUGGAGAACUACCUGGCUGCCUUGCAGUCUGACCCACCACGGCCUCACCGCAUCCUCCAGGCCUUGCGGCGUUACGUCCGUGCCGAGAACAAAGACCGCCUGCACACUGUCCGUCAUUACCAGCACGUGUUGGCUGUCGACCCAGAAAAGGCAGCCCAGAUGAAAUCCCAGGUGAUGACACAUCUGCAUGUGAUUGAGGAAAGACGGAACCAAAGCCUCUCCCUGCUCUACAAAGUUCCUUACAUAGCCCAGGAGAUCCAGGAGGAAAUUGAUGAGCUACUUCAGGAGCAGCGCGCCGACAUGGACCAAUUUACUGCCUCCAUCUCAGAGACCCCUGUGGACGUCCGGGUGAGCUCCGAGGAGAGUGAUGAGAUCCCGCCAUUCCACCCCUUACACCCCUUCCCGUCCUUACCUGAGAGUGAAGGAUCUGGAGCGGGAGAGCAGGACAGAGAACUGAUAGGUGCUGAAGAGAAAGCGAUUAACAGUAAGAAUGAAGUGGACGAGAAUAUGGUCAUUGAUGAGACUCUGGAUGUUAAGGAAAUGAUCUUCAACGCCGAGAGAGUCGGAGGCCUUGAAGAAGAGCCAGAAUCUGUGGGGCCAUUGCGGGAGGACUUCAGUCUGAGCAGUAGUGCCCUCAUUGGCCUGCUGGUCAUUGCAGUGGCCAUUGCUACAAUCAUAGUCAUCAGCCUGGUGAUGCUGAGGAAGAGACAGUAUGGCACCAUCAGCCAUGGCAUCGUGGAGGUUGACCCAAUGCUUACCCCAGAAGAGCGUCACUUGAACAAGAUGCAGAACCAUGGUUAUGAAAACCCAACCUACAAAUACCUGGAGCAGAUGCAGAUUUAAGUGAGCCGAAGUCUGUGCGUUCCUGGUUGGAACGGGGUGGUGAAGGUGGGCCAAAAGAGGUCCAGCGUUUUGGAUCGACUACUGACCAACAGUUGCUUGCAGAGAAUUUCAUCUUACAUUCAGAACUCCUGGGUCAUUAAGACUAUAAAGUACUACUGUAGAAUUGCAAUUUCCAUUCUUUUAAAUGGGUGAGAAAUGUUAAUAUAAUGGUAUAUGAUAUAUAAACCUUAAGGGAAGAAGUGAUCUAUUGCAGAUAUUUGACGGAUGUAGUGUUCUUUUUUAAAUUAAUCAGAAAUCCAGUUCUCUUGUACUGUCUCAAACAUGCUCUUUAUAUAAAUGAAAAACGUUGCUCCAGUUGCAUUGUAUAAAUCAACUCUUCAAGGCUCACUCACUAUCCUGAUUUUUAUUUUUAAAAAGUAAAAAAAAAAAAAAGACAGUAUUCCUUCUUUAAAUGAGUUUCAGAAAGUAGCUGAGAAACUAAGUGAAACAGGGAACUGGAAUUGCUCAUCGAUGCACAUCAUGACAUCAUGACACCCUCUCAGAAUUAUUUGGAGAGACCAGUUUCUUCAAGUCUGGUGCUUCCGCUUCUGGAUAAUGUGGUGUCUGUCUACAGGUCCUGCCCCUCAGGAGCUGAAAGGCACUUAGUUCCAGCAUCUUCUAGUGAGCCUGAUGUAUACAGAUGAGGGUCUCCACGACUGCUUUCCUUCUAGAUCCAGUUCUUCCACAGACUAGCCUGUAGUUGUGUCCCCUUCUCCCGCUAUUCAUCGUUUAGUCCCCUCACAGGUGAUGUUCAAAUGUGAUGUCUUUCUCCUCCAUGGACAUUUCCCUCCAAAGGCACUGACUGUCCCCCACUCCCACCCCCAUUUGUUGUUUUUCCUUCUCUGCCCUCCUCCGUUUCUUGUCACCAGCCUCUGGCAGGAGCUCAGAGAGGACUGCAGUAAGUAGCUGCUAAUGGCCCACACAGAACAGGGGGAGGCUUGCUUUCAUUUGAAAAGAGGAUAUUCCAGGUUGCCCAUGAAACUGGAUGUAUCAGCACUGUGGAAAGCAUCAAGGUUUUUGUUUCCUUCACAUGAGUCUUUGUAAUGUUCGUAUUGUUGUUGUUGAUGCUCACAGCUUUUUCUUUCUUGUUUUGUUUUUUGAAGCUGAAGGUUCUGGUAACCUGUGGUGUAUUUUUUUUUUUUUUCUAUUUUUGUGACUCCCCCCCCCUCCCCUUUGACCCUAUCCAUGUCUCUUCCCACUAUGCACAGAUUAAACUUCACUUACAGACUCCUUAAUAUGAUCUGUGGAGAAUGUACAGUUUAAACACAUCAAUAAAUACUUUAACUUCCA